AUGGUCUCUCGGCAGUGUUCCCGCCUGGUGUCCUCUAGGACCGCGGUUCCUCUCACAUCCUAUCUUACCCGUGUCGGCAGGCCAUACUCCUCCGCUGCUCCGGCGUACGAGCACAUUCUCACGUCGACUCCCAAGCCUGGUGUUGGACUGAUCACACUCAACCGCCCCAAGGCCCUCAACGCCCUCUCCAGCCCUCUUUUCAAAGAGAUCAACGACGCUCUCUCCAAAUACGAAGAUGACAAGGAAAUCGGCGCAAUCGUCAUCACAGGCAGCGAGAAGGCCUUUGCGGCCGGCGCCGACAUCAAAGAAAUGGCACCCCUAACCUUCUCGGCCGCGUACACCAACAACUUCAUCGCGCCGUGGUCGCACCUCGCCAACUCCAUCCGCAAGCCCGUCAUCGCCGCGGUCUCGGGCUACGCGCUCGGCGGCGGCUGCGAGCUCGCGCUCAUGUGCGAUAUCAUCUACUGCACGACGGGCGCGACCUUCGGGCAGCCCGAGAUCAAGCUGGGCACGAUUCCCGGCGCGGGCGGCUCGCAGCGGCUGACGCGCGCGGUCGGCAAGAGCAAGGCGAUGGAGCUGAUUCUGACGGGCAAGAACUUCAGCGGCGCGCAGGCGGAGCAGUGGGGGGUUGCGGCGCGGGCGGUCGAGGGCGGCCACGCGGAGCUGAUGGCGGAGGCGCUGGCGACGGCCGAGACGAUCGCCGGGUAUAGUCGUGUGGCGGUGGUGGCGGCCAAGGAGGUGGUGGGAAAGAGCCAGGAGCUGUCGCUGAAGGAGGGGGUGGAGUAUGAGCGGCGGUUGUUCCAUGCGUUGUUCGGGAGUCGCGAUCAGAAGAUUGGCAUGACGGCGUUCGCGGAGAAGAAGAAGCCCGAGUGGUCGAAUGAGUAG